UUGGCUACCCCUAUUGGGUUGUAUCAGGCUAUUUAAAUUUGCUGUAGUUUGGUGAACAAUGGCUAUUGUUCAAAGUGUAUUCAGGUAUGCAUUUAAGCAUCCCUGGAUAUACUUGGCUGGGUUGAUCUCUUGACCAAUCAAGAGUCAGUUGGGGGUAGCAAUAAUGUACCCCCAAUAGGUAUAGAAGGCUUUCUUUUCAAGCCAGCUAGAGCACAAAUUGGCGGGAAGAGGGCAGAAGAGAUUGAGCUUUUGGAGAAGAAGGUUGUCUUCCCCAUGUCAGUUUGAGUCAAAGUACAACUCAACCUCACUAUAGAGGAUGUUUGCAUCUACACUGUCAUGACUGUAGGCCUAAUUACCAGAGUAGAGUAACCUAGAGAUAUUGAGAGUAGUGGGCGCGAGGCUGUUUUCAUAGAAUAAAAUACCUGAACUACUGCAAACCAGUCUGAGCUUGGCUUUCUUGCAUUGGUGUCAGAAGUGGGAUUGAUGCUUUGUCAACCAAGUUCAUCAAAGGAUCUACGCAAUACCAAGACUGUCGCGAUGGGGUAUUAAGAUGAGUUAAUGCGGAAUCUACGGAUAAAAACUUUAGGACUUUGUGUAGCGAAAGUGAAGAGACAGCCUCGGUUCACUGGAAACUAAAAGCGGGUUCGAACUUUGAGUAUUCUGAAUUAUAUAACUCUGUUGUGAAAAUUAAGUUAAUAUUUCAGUUGUAUCAAUAUCUAUUACUUUCAAACUGUGCCCUUAAUUUGUAUUAGUGCCAUAUUUUCAAUAUGAAUGCUACGUCAGGACAAACCCUUGACACGGAUAUGAUGACUCAAUUCUUUCGUCGAUCAAUGGGACUGCAAGGAAUCUCGCAGAGCCACCUAUCAAAGUUUAGGGGGCAUCCUGAACAUGUGGGUGAGCUUUCACUUCCAGAAUGGCUGGAAGAGUUUGAGGAAGUCACAGCUCAAUUCAAUUUGUCAAGUAUCGAGAAGGCCAGAUUACUUCUUGAUCAUCUCGAAGGUUCAGCACGAGAGGAGGUCAUGUGCUUACAGGAUGAAAAACGACACGAUUUUGACGAAGUUGUUACUGCCCUUAAACUGUGUUUUGGAUAUCAAGAGACAACCCAAACUCUUAGCAGUGAAUUUCACAAUCGCAAGCAAUACGAUGGAGAAUCUCUUUGUGAUUUUAGUAGAUCACUUUUGCGAACCUAUUGCAGGAUGGUGAAAUCUGCAGAAAAGGACGAUCAAGCUGCCCUUACACAGUUGAAAGAUCAUGCGUUAUGUGACCAAUUUGUUAAUGGAGCACGCGAUGCCUCUGUUAGGCGUGAACUUCGACGUAUCCAGCUUGACCAUGGAAAAUCUGGUUUCAGUGUGGUGCGUAGUGAAGCGCUACGGUUGUUUCAAGAAGCACCAAUGUCCUUUGGAAAACCUAGAGCUAGAGAGGUGGAGUCAGAGUUUGUCUAUACAGCAUCAACCACAGCAAAGCCAGAACGAAGCACCCUUAAGGAGAUACUAGAACAACAGAAGGCAAUUUUGUCUGAAGUUGAAAGAUUAAAGACAGAUGUGACAUCACUAAAUGAAACAGUGCGCAGACUAAAAACUGGUAAGAAGAGAUCAUCGAACAACGACGCAUGUUACAAGUGCCAUAAAAUGGGACACUACAUAAGGAAUUGCCCGCAAAUGUCUGCUGGAACAACGGUCAUUGAAGAUUCGGGAAACUAA